CCGAGGCGGUCGGCGCCGCGGCCUCCCCUCCCGCCUGGCUCUUCUCUCCGCUCUGCUUCUCUCUCCCCGCCCGGCGCCGCGGAGCUCUCCGGCUCGCAGGUGGUGAAUAUUUUAUUCAGCUGGGAAAUAGAAGAGUACUCUGAGUAAAAAUAUGCCUCCCAAGUUCAAGCGACACCUCAAUGAUGAUGAUGUCACUGGUUCUGUGAAAAGUGAAAGGAGAAAUCUUUUGGAAGAUGAUUCAGAUGAAGAAGAGGACUUUUUUCUAAGGGGGCCAUCUGGACCAAGAUUUGGACCUAAAAAUGAUAAAAUUAAGCAUGUUCAGAAUCAAGUGGAUGAAGUUAUCGAUGUCAUGCAAGAAAAUAUUACAAAGGUAAUUGAAAGAGGGGAGAGACUAGAUGAACUACAGGACAAAUCAGAAAGCUUAUCGGAUAAUGCAACUGCUUUUAGCAACAGAGCCAAACAACUUCGAAGGCAAAUGUGGUGGCGUGGAUGCAAAAUAAAAGCCAUCAUGGCUUUGGUUGCUGCUAUCCUUUUGCUAGUGAUUAUCAUUCUUAUAGUUGUGAAGUACCAUACUUGAUUUGAUGACAGAGAUCUUCAUUAAACAAGAUCUGGGACAAUAAUAAUUAAAAGAUUGCUGUAUAAUUUAAAUGGAAUAUAUGUAUAUAACUUUCAAAACUUCUUUUCCAAGAAACUAAGAGUCAAGUAUCACUUCAAAUUGGAACAUUGAGAAUGUUCAGUUAACUGCUUCCUUUCUAACAAAAUGUGCUUAUGAUAAUUAUGUUUAACACAAAGAUAACUUUACGUUGCUAUAUUCCAAGGUCUAAUUUGAAACUAGAUACUUGCCAGUUCAUUAUUUGUGUAUAUAGUUAAAUACUGAUGGCAGUGUUUCAUACCAGUGUUUUAGUGGCACAAGGACUUGUAUUAUUGCAUGGAGAUGGGGUCAGUCUGGGGUCAGGAAGCCUGUGUAGCAUACCAGACUAUUAAGCUAAGAGAUGCACAACCACAACAUUUGCAAGAAUAUCAUUCUUUUCAUUUUACGGUUGCUUUGAAGCAGUUUCCACAUGUUUAUGGGUGUAACAAAAGCUAAAUGUUGUCAAUGUUUCUGCCUUCAGCUAUAACUAAGAACAUUCCAGUAAACCCACUUCUAAUUGUACAAGGAAAUGGAUUAUAGAAAUGGGAAAUUCAAACAGAAAAAAGGCCUAGUAUAGCACCAUAAUCUGGAGACAAUAAAAUUAUUGGAGAAUGUUGUUGACAUGUUUGAAAGUGACCAGUUCUCAUAGCUACCAGUUGUGGUCUAGUCAGUUGUCAGUUAACUCCAAUAAGAAGGGACCAGUCCUAGUGUGUGUGAAUAAAAUCCACAGGUAACUUUUUCCUUAAUUUUACUUUGGUUAGUAGUUUUUCUCUUUGACUUUAACCUUUUUGCCUGAAAUGCUAAGGUGAGCCCAGUCAGCUGUUCGGAUUUCCUGUCUGUGUUCUGAUCCUCCUCACAGGAGCAGAUGUUGCACAGUCUAGUCAGAAGAGCCGACGGGAGUGAGUAGUAAAACUUAGGGGCGUAGGCCCUUCUGUAGACGACCAGUCAGCAGCCUAACGCUACGGGGUCACCGUUAAUCUCAGCGUGUUUUUAUAACGAUAAAGUACAUUAAUUUAAAAAUGCACCAACCUCCUUGUACUGUUCAAACAAGUGAAGAUGCAGAAUAAGCGUGUGAGGAGGAAGCAUUGUGAUAAAACCAGAUUCUUCAGGAACUUGUGCACAUGGACAUCCUAGGUUGGAGGGGGCAGAAAUAGGCUCCUGGAAUUCACCAAUAUUUAAGAGAGUUAAUGAACAAUCCAGUUUAACAGAUUUCAUUUCUUUGAUCAUUUUAAUUUAAAAUGUCCAAAACAUAGAAUUUGAAUGUGUUUGCUUGAUUAAUUCUACAUUAUUAGUACCAAGAGGCAAAAUGUUCUAUUUAGAAUAGAAAGAAAUUUGGAGAAAGUGGGUCAAAAAAUACUUAGGACACUUAAAUUAUAAAGAUCUAAAUAGCUAAAUUUUAUAAUGUGCUUAAAGCAUUGGAAGAGAUCUAGGCCUUACAUACCAAGGGUGAAGUUUCUGAUAUCCGUCACCUUCUCUAGGUGCCAGUUAUACAAAUAGCAUCUGAACUGCUAGUAAAUCCUGUGACAAAGGAGGGUAUGCAAAAAAAAAAUGAGCACUUUUAGACUUUCAGUAGCUAAUAGUUCAGGAAUGGAAAUGUUUUAACUGAAUUGGCAGAAUCAAUCCUGAUGUAUGUAUGUAUUUUAUUUAGUUUGGAACAAACUUAUAAAUGGUUAAUUUUCCAUUAGUUGGUGUGGAAAUCUGGUUUCUUUAAAAUAUAUAUUGGCAAAGGUGAAGAUUAUUUCUUAAAGACUCCACAUUUCUAGUGUUUCUCUUAGUAAAAGUCUGCCACUUUCAAAGACAUAAUUAUUUAAAAAGUAAAAUUAUUUUUAAAAUUUUUAAUCAUAAAAAUAAAGGAACUAUUUAUAUGGCAUUAUUGUACAUAUGCAGUUGUGUUUGUAUUUAAAUAUGUUGCUGCUGGGAAUACUGGAGGUGGACAGGUGACUCUGGGAACUUUGCAGUAGUGGUGGCUUGGUUCACAGCUUAUCAUUUUGUCUGUCCUGGUGUUGAUUAAUCCUGAGACCCUUAAACGGGCUGGCACUUUUGUGACAAUAUUGUGGUAACACUGGAGACAGCUGUUUUAAGAUCAAGAAGCAGAGUGGUUCACAUUGAUGCCACAUCUACGUCAUUCCUCCCUUAAUCACUCUUUUUCUCAUUCAGCUCAGAUCAUCCUGCACUGGAAAAAAUGAAGUUUACCUCCAAAACUGUCAGGAUUUAACAACAGUGAAGAGAACACAGAAAUUCAAAUAGCUUUGUAAAUAGUGGUUGGUACUGGGUGAAAUCAGGUCACUGUUUUUAUGUGUGAAACUUGCCCUCGUGACUUGUGUUUAACUGCAGAGACCUCGUCUUGCAGCAAUUUUGAGAUUAUAAUACUAACUGGUCCUCCUCCUGAUUGUCGGUCAGUAAUACAGAUGGGCUUUUGCUCCCCUCUUCUAACAAAGCUCACUAGAAAAUGCCCUGAGAUGUUAUAAACAGGGAGAUUUCUUUAUUAAAGGGAAGUUCAAUAUCAAAGCUAGAACAUUGCCUACAACGGAGGGAGGCUAACUAGUACACCCUCGCGAUAGCUCCCUGUGGACUCCUGCUGGUGUAGUCUUUCUGUGCAUUUCUGUACGCUGCGUUAGGAAAUUAUAAUGUUGCCAUUUUUAUUACACAAAUUGGCAUCUUUGAGUCCUGUGUGGCAUGCGGGUGUCCUGUGGCUGCUUCUGUGAGCAUGGACUGAGGUCUCUGUUGCCAGCACCUUCUUUAGCGGGCUCCAUGUGCUGUCACCACCCUGGCUCUGUGUCCACAUCUGGAGCUACACUGUGGUGAAAAUAUGCAAGAAAUUGUCUUUCCACAUUGGGAACAUGUGCCACUAGGUGUCUCUAAUUGUGUCGUGUCAGAGUAUCGCUCAGUCCAGGGUUGUUCUGUUCGUCUAAUUUUGUCUUCACGUGGAAACGUCUUGGGGCCUGUGACCCGGGAGUCAGUAUGAACACAUUUGAGAACGCUGUGUGGUGUUGACAUCAGUGCAGGAAAUCGCCACAAAGCAAUUUAAAGACACCGUGGCUCAUCAGAGACUGACAGGUGCUGUACACCUUGAUCCCUACGUAGUUGUUUUUUUACGUGCCAUAGACAAACUGGCACCAGCCCUUAGACAGAUGCAGGGUAUGGGUGGGGUUUUUUUGUUUUUUGUUUUGUUUUUGAGAUGGGGUCUUGCUGUGUUGCCCACACUAGACUCAAACUCCUGGCCCCCAGGAAUCCUUUAGACUGAGCCUCCAGAGUAGCCAGGACUGUAGGCAUGUGCCACCAUACCUGGCUUUUUAAGUUUAAUGUUAGUCUUACUCGAUCUUUGUUUUUGUUUUUCCUGUCCCCCCCCAAAAAAAAAAAAAUCAAUUAGAAUGAGGGAUAUGGACAUAAACUCUUUGAUUCUGAGUGUGAGGAACACAUGGGUAGAAAUUAAAAGGAAAGCAUGACUGACCCGGUUUUAGGGGAUACACAUAAGCUAGAGAGCAAGGACUACACCAUGCUCCCGUGUCUCCCCAGCUCCCUGCACAGAGCUGCGUGCUCAGCAGGGGCUAGAUAAGUGUGCAUUGCUUGAAAGUCACAAAAACACCAGUGUAAGAGCCGACUGCCACACUGUUCCCUGGAGAGGGGACAUGGUUGACAAAAGAGUGGGACCUUCAGCUUUACCUAGAGAGUAUAGUUCUUAUACUAACUCAGUAUAGAAAAUUCUGAUUUUACAAUAUGCAUUAGGUUCUUUUCAUUUGAAGAGGUCAUGAAAUCAAGUCACAUAUUAAUUACUUUAGGGCUACAAAGUAAAUUGCAUAAAUCAGAGAUUUUAGUAAAAUGUCAAAAAACAAACAAAAUUCAAGCACUUGAUUUUAUGUCUUGGGUAUAUGUCUUCUUUUUACCUUCCACAUUCCUUCACUCAACUGUUUGCUAAGUGCCUUUGACAUUUUAGAUGUAUGCUGGGAGUUGACAAAUGUAAACGUCGUGUGCCCUGGUCUUCAGCUUCUUGAUUCCUUAUAACCAUUUUUUACCAGUGUUGCCAAGUUUGGUCCUUUGUGUGCAUAUAAGAUAUGUAUUUGUAGCCUCUCCAUAGUAAACAGUGAAAUAAACUAUUUCAUAGAAAAUGAAAAUUAAGCAUUUUGGCUUUUCAGUAUGUGUCACCUGUUGCCUAAAUUUUAAAGCACAGUUUAUUUAGAGUAACAUCUGCAUAAUCACCCCUGGUUUAGUUCAUCCCAAUUUGCCAAUAAAAUACAUGGAGGAAAAUUAAGAAAAAGAAAAGGUAUUCCUUCACCAAAAACUAUGCCAGUGUACAACCUAAUGAUGAAAUGGAGAAUUUCUCAGUGUGAAGUCACCGAGUCUCAGUCGCGGGGGCGGGCAGGGAGAAUCGGUGGAACGCUCAUGCUUCAUCUCCUGACGUCUAUUUGAAAGACAAAUUAAUCUGUGUCCCAAGCAGAAAACUUGGCACCUUUCCCUCAGCUUCAUGGUGCUGCUCUCACAAUAAUGUGGAAAUCGCACAUUCCCUGCAGACUCCCUCUUUCCACACACUAAACUAUGUCUUCUUGAUAAUUUUUAAAAGCAUAGGAGGAUGAUAUUGGGGCACCUGUACCCUGAGAUGUACAGUCUCUCCCGGGGCUCUCGGCAGGACUGGAGACAGGAGGCACCCUGGUAAGUGCAUCCUGAGGGUGUAUUAAGUAAAGUCCGCCCCUUGGCAUGCGGAGAAGCAGCAGUACCAGAUCCCCUGCAGCCAGCAGUCACACCUCGUGAGUGUCCAUUAGAUGCUCAAAACUGCUAUGGAGCAGGGAACAGCCGUGGGUGUGAGGAUCUGAACGAGUAGCCAAACGCAGAGCUGAGCAGCGCCAGGGCGGCACCGUGCCCUGUUAUGCAAUGGGCCAGACCCCGGCUGAGGGUGUGUGAAAAGGUGCACACCAGGAGGGCCAGCACCUCCGGAUCGUGCCAGGUAUGUGCAGACUGGCUGCUCUUUAUUCCCUCCUUAACUCCCCUCAUGCCGUGUCGGCUUCGCCCUGGGUCUCUGUUCCUCUUUGUAGGGGUGGUCCUUGGCCUGUUGAUCCCAGCUGCUUACAGUUCUUAGCUCAUUCUCGUACUUUAAUAUACAGCCAGGUCAUGCCAUUCCUUUGCUUGGUCUCCCCGGUGGAAAAGCUGAAGGUGUGAUGUUGUGCACCUGAGGUCCCAGCACCCAGAAGGCCGAGGCAGGAGGGUCAUGUGGGCUCUCCAGUGUGAGACCAGCUGGGCAACACAGUGAGAUCCCGGGAGAAAGGAAAAACCUGCCACGUCUUCACACCUUCCCUAGAAUGAAAGCCACGGCCCUUCUGCAGCGUGUGGGUCUCGGGUCUUCCUGAAGCCCUUUGUGAUCUCUGAGCCUGUCCCCUGGCUGGGCUGUGCUGCGCUGGCUUCACUGCCCUCAGACACCAGUGUGCUUCCGCCUCAAGGCCUCACUUGUCAUGCCUUGGACGGUUUCCCUGAAUGCCUUCAUGACUUGGUCAGACUUCGCCUCUGCUGACUCCCAGGAGUGCACCCUGCAGGCCCUCCCCGCCACCUUCCCAGAACAUUUAACCCUUCUGACACUUGACACUAAGGGUGAGCUUCAUGACAAGAGGGACCUGUCUUGUUCUCUGACGGCAAGUGUCAUAAUGAGUGCUCAGGCAAUUCAGUGAAUGGGUCGGUUAUCUGAGAUACAAAGGGAGACCAUGAUUUUGAAAAUGAUGUACUGCGAGAACCAAAUCGACUUGGCGUGCAUCAGCACCUGCAGUGAGAUUAAAAGCACGGCCUCCAUAACUCAAGAAGUCACAGAAAAGCAAAGGUCAAGCACGAUUAAUGCAUCUGGAAGACAAUUUAGGUCCAAGAAAAGAAGGACAAGGUAAAAUAAUUUGCCAGGAGGCAGGUUGCACAAAUACUAAGCCCUUCACUGAAGCAGUAAGUGGUGGAAUUCCCUGAAGAAAACCAGUGAUGGAGAAGAGAGGCUCAGGAGGCUGCCCCAGAGCAGAGGGGAGGUCACCCCGUAAAUGAAGAGGGUGAGGACGGAGCUAGGAGGGGAGAAAAAGAAGAAGAUAACAAGAAUCACAUGGUGCCCCCCCAAAUAGAAUGAGCAUCGUGGUUUUUUUUUUCUUAUUAAAACUCAAAGUCCUAUGAGACCAAAAGCCUUUGUCAAAUAUAAGAACAGAUGAAGAUGCGUUGUAGGCUGAGGGCACAGCUCUGCAGAGCGUUUGCCUGCCAUGCAUGGGGCCUGGAGACCAAUCCCCAGCACCAAGGGGAAAAUCCUAUGAGCACUGAGGCUGGAAAAACUGGUUACCUGCAAGGAAGCAAAAAUUAGGUGUCUCCGUCUUCUCCAUCACCAAACUGCAGACACGAACAGCAUGUGUAGACUUCCAUCCCUAGCCAGUUAUCACACAAGAGAAUCAAACACAAUAUUCUUAAAAACAUGAGGGUUCAGAAAAUAUGACAUCCUGCCUCUUUCCUUAAAGAAAAAUUACUGGAAAUUUACAUAGUACAGUCAGCCAAGAGAGAAAUUGAAACUGAGUGUUAAUAAAAUCAGAUCAUCUCAUUCUUAAAA